ACUUCAAACCAUCCAAAGGGUUUAACAGUCGCUCUUUUCUGACGCGGGCUAUUUUGGUAAGAAAACAUCAUUUGCUUUGAUUCUUGUCUAUCUCAGAGUCGUUGUCUGUUACUGAACUCGGGACAUUGUGUCUGUGCAGAGCAGGAUGAAUGCUUUGUAAAAGUUGCGGCAUUAUUGUGUUUGCAAAUCCAGGUGAAGAGUUUCAUGGCAGUCCAGUCUGUGAGACUUGUGACAGCCAACAUGUUGCUGAGUGUCUUCUUUCUGUCUGGUGCUUACGCUGCUUGUGAUUAUAUGGUAAACCUAAUUACAACACCUCAGAAGAUGGAAGCACUGAGUGGAUCCUGUCUGCAUAUCCCAUGUACCUUCACUCCUGUCGAAAGCUCAGGGACAUUUGACGGAACAAAACCAAUCUCUGGAAUGUGGAAAAAAGGAAAUGUCGCUGCAGGUCAAGUGAUUUUCGACAGCAGCAGGAGUGAUAAUAUCUAUCCAAUGAAUAUCACUGGAGACCUGAGUCAGAACAACUGCACCACUUUAUUUUCCAGUUUAAUCUCAAAUUACACGAACACAUACUUCUUCAGAAUUGAGAAUAAGCCAUUUCUGGCAACAGCUGCUUGUGAUCCUCUUCAAAUAAAAGUUAAAGAUUCUCCUCCGAGCCCCACAAUUAAGAUCUCAGGUGAUGUGAAGGAGAACGUGUCUGUCACUAUAAGCUGCUCCGCUGCAACUCCCUGUCCACACGACCCUCCUCAACUCACCUGGACUCUCCAACAAAACCCCGACAACAUAAUAAAGGAAAACGCAGAUCGGACCUUCACAACUAAAAUCCAGAAGACCUUCAUUCUGUCAGACCAACAUGAUGGAUUGAACAUCACCUGCUCUGCCAGUUAUCCUGUGAAUGAAGGGACAGAUCACAAGACAGCAGAGGAGACAAAGACUCUCAAUGUUUCAUAUGCUCCCAAGAACACCUCAACGUCCAUCAGUCCAUCCUCAGGUUGGGCAACAGACAGCAGGGUGAACCUGAGCUGCUCCAGCACAGCCAACCCUCCCGUCAGCAGCUUCACCUGGUUCAAGAAGAGCAACGAUGGAGCCGUCAGAGUGUCUGAAGGAAGAUGUUACAGCUUCAAUGUGACAGGUGGAGGGGUUUAUUACUGUGUGGCCACAAAUGGUCUCGGUAAUCAAACCUCUUCAGACAUCCAGCUCACUAUAGAAGACCCUGCCAAAGACUUCAUGGUCGUCAGUCCUGCUGAUCCAGUGUCAGUUGGCAGCGAGGUGAACCUGACUUGCUCCUUCAGAGGAAACCCUCCUGUUAGCUUUGUCUGGCUCAUGGUGAGCAGUGAUGGCAGCCUGCAGCAGAUCAAAGGUGAUUCACAGGUUCAUGGAUUCAAAGUGACCAACAGCGAUCGAGGCAGAUUAUUUUUUUGUGGAUGCAGAAAUUAUCUGGACAAUAAACUAUCAACAGGACGUCAGCUGAUCUUUGAAGGUGAGCAUCAGUCUGGACCGGUUGAUGUUGAAGUUAUAGUGAAGAUCCUGGGAAUCAUAAUGCUCGUCAGUACAAUGAUCAUCUUUGAAUGCUGGUUUAGAUCAAGACAUGCCACCAAACCAGUGAAGGACGCAGUAGAAGCAGACUAUGUCAACAGUGUGGUUGAGUUAAAACCAUCCUGAGUCACAAGGAGAGGAGGAAGAUGUUAUGUUCACUAUAAGGUGAACAAAAUACUGUAUUCUGUAUUGAUUAGUCUUAGUGUGCCACUUGCAAUCAAAUGUAGCUUUGCUGUUAAUAUUAAAUGGCACUACUUUCUUUAAAUAUGACUUUAAACUUGUGUUAAAAAUAUUUGAAGGUUUUUUUUUCUUAUCUGUUUCUAUUCAAAUCAUAUCACCAAAGUAAAAACAUAUUAAAUAAUGUAUCUCAUGUUGAACUGGUUUUUAAUUGUGUUAAGAUGUUAAGAUGCUUCGACCACGUGUUUGAUUUGCAUUGCUUCUCUGCUGUUUGCAUCAGAUGCAUGUGAAGUGUGUUGAAUUAAACACAAACGAGGUGUAAUGUUUGAACUUUCUGAUUUUCUGCAAAGAAGCUUUUCAUGGAGCAGAACGUGUUUAUGAAGAAAGCAUUUCAUCACUUCUUCUAUCAUUCUGCACGUAUACAAACAGACUCACGAUAUCUGUGUUACUGUGGAGAUGACUGCAGAUACAACAUUGCACUAACUGUAUGUGUGAAUGAAAUAAAGUUAAUACUUUCA